GAUAAUUGACGAGUCUGUACAACUCACGUAUCUAACAGAUUAGAUAUAAAUGCCGAUGAGUAGAACGACUUGUUACAGACGGGGAAUUGGUGCUUCUACAAUAGCAAAGUCUUAAAUAUCCACAAUGGCGAUGCUCCUGAUGAGUUUUGCUCUCAUUUUGUCUUCUGCAGCAGCGUCUGAGUGGAGAAAUAUCAGCGCUACCUACGGGGAUACGACAAUGCUGCUGGACGUGGCAAUCGGAGAUGGCAUCAUUGAACUGCAGUCCCACAAACCAGACAAUGCGCCUGCCUCUUUCCGAGAAACCACCAACCUCCACGUGUUUUCCAGGCAACUUGUUGCCAUGAGAAAUUCGGUGGACAAAGAAUGCUAUGUCAGACAUAUCAAAGAAACCUUUGAAGAGUUGAAAGUGAAAAUAGGAGGUAUCGAACAGCACAAUGCAACCGUAGGCCAGCUCGCUGAAGAAUGGAUCGACGUGAAGAAGGUUUGCCCCAUUGAGCCGUGGGCUGUGGAGGACCUCCUUGGAGAUGAGAUCGACUGCUUCUGCCGCUUCCACGACGUCUACUUCGUCGGUCUCGUGCACACUGGCACCGUUGACUUCACAGCUCCAUCCAGGCGACGGAAACGUGCAGCAGCUGCUCGGGUAGAUGUUGCAAGCGCUUGCUGCUGUUGUCGUCGUCGCUAAUUUCAAGAAUACACCAGUCUCGGACAACAGACAUGAGCAGGGCUUCUGGCAACUUCAUAACUCAUGAAUUACAAUAGGUAUCCAGUUUCGGAGUUCAAUAAAACCACUAGAUAACGCAAAAAGUAUGCAUUCUCUUAAUUUAAAUUGUUGUCAUAUUUACCACAAUGUUGCAAUAAAGUAAUGUUUCAAACCAA